AUGUCACAAAGAAUUGGUAAUUCAGCUGUCGCUUUAUCUAAAGUAUGGCAUCACGUUGAUGUUGCUGCUGAUGAAAGAACAUUAGGUCGUCUAGCAUCAAGCAUAGCAUUAACAUUACAAGGAAAACAUAAGCCAACUUUCUCGCCAAACAGAGACCAUGGAGACUACGUUGUCGUCACAAACUGUGCACAUUUGAAAGUGACUGGUAAUAAAUUGCAAGACAAGACAUACUGGUCUCACACCACCCGUCCCGGUUCGUUGAAAUUAGUGCCUAUGGAGAAAAUGAUCGCUAACAAAGGUUACGGAGAAGUAUUGAGAAGAGCAGUGAAAGGGAUGAUUCCAAAGAACAAAUUGAGACUUAUUAGAAUGGAUAGAUUGAAAAUCUACGAUGGAGAUGAACAUCCAUAUAAACAAAACUUGAUAGCAUACGCCGAUGAAAUGAAGGAAAUGAGAAGUAAAUUGGCUGAAUUAAAUAGAAAAGAAAAGGCCAUGCAAGAACUUCGUACAAAAUAUUUGGAAAGUUAA